GAUAAGGACCCAGCCUCUCUUGCAUACUAUCAGAACUUGGCAGCUGCCCAGCAAGCUCAAAAACUUGCCUACUCACAGCAGGCAGCAUACCAGCAGCAGCAACAGUCCUUGUAUGUACAGCAGCAGCAACAACUGUAUCUACAACAGCUGCAGGGUUACUAUCCACCUCCUCCACAAGCUCCUCCAUUCCAGCAUGGACAGAAUGUUUUGGUGUUGAAUGGUUUUGAAUCUGGUGCCAGGUUCGAUGGCAUUGCCCAGCCCAGCAUCCCUCCCCCACCACCUGGCGUUGCCCCCAAUGCUGCUCAGCUGGCUGCUGCUUCCGGUGCUCAAGUAUCGAUGAGUCAGAAGAAAGGUUCCUUCCUCAGUGGAGGGUCAGGUGGAGGGUUCACUUUUUGGUAAAGUGUUGUAAGGGUUAUAUGUAAAAGACCAAAAAAACAAAAAACAAAAAAAAAAAACAAAAAAGAUUGGAAUAUUCUUGGUUUGAUACUUUUUAUUUUUGAUGUAGAAAGACAUCUGACCAAUGAGAAGAGAAGAUUUUUUUUUUUUUUUCUUAAAGUAGAGAUGGUAGUGUGAACCAAAUCUGGCAACGUAUUUUGGCAAGAAGAAAAAAAACAAAGAUGUAAAUAAGUAAAAAAAUAUAUGUAUAAAGAAGACUUCAGAAGUCAACUUUGCAGUUUUGUUUGAAUGCUUAAACAGGGUAAAAAUGUAAUAAUCCAUUUUGCAGUUAUUGUAGGAAGAGGUGGAAGGGAAUAAAGGUUAUGACAGUGUACUAGAGUGAAUAGAAUUGCAAUGGACCACUUUAUAUGUGGACAGACUCUAAUUGAUGGAUACUAUAUAGUUAUAUAUAAUAAUUAUAUAUAGAUGUAUAUUAUAUUGUCGUUGAUAAAUAUAUAAUUAUAUAUAAUAAUUGUGGAUAUAAAUAUAUAUGAUCAUUAUAUGAUUAGUUUUCAUGGAUACUUUAGUAGUGUCUUAGAGAGUUUGGAGAGUAUGUCCUUUGUACUCUGUGUUAAGCCUUUUUUCCCAGUGAUACGUUUGAGUACUUUUUUUCCUCCAGUCGGGCUGAUACAUUGGAAGUUAUUGUAUCAAAUAAGAUGUGUCUCUUUUUGUUUUUUUCUAGUUGUUUUUCUUGUCAGAGUCCUAGGGGCUGUUGGUAAUAUAUUGUUACUGAUUUAUGAAGUACCUUAAAUUUGAUUUAUGAUUUUGUGAUUUAGGUGUACCUGUAUAACCAAAGCAUAAAAGAACAACAAAGAAAGAGAGAGAGAGACAAAAAAAAAAGGUUCAAAAUAAUGUAUUGUUUACCAUUUUGAAUUCUUUUUGAUUCCUUUUGAUAAAAAUCGUAAUGCAGUGUACAUUUUCACAAAUUAUGACCUUCCCAAUAAAGUCUCAGAUAAUGAAUAAACUUCCUCACUCUCUUUCCAACUCCUGCUCUCUAGGAGGUAUUGCUGUGACACUUUGUUGGAGGAUACCAUCGCAAGUAUCUUCAUCUUCUUUAAAGGAAAAGACUGGUUUUGUUUCAUUUUUAAUCUCUGUCUACAAUUCAUUGGACUGUGUGUAGUGAAUUUCUGUAAUGGUUCACCAUUGGCAUUAUAUUCAGUUCAAAAUAUCCACUGUCAUACCUGUUUGCAGUUUGAAUUAAUUCUACAAGAAAACAUUAAAAUUCCAAUUCAGAAACUCCAGUUACUGGAACGAAUAGCCAAGUUAAAAUAAUGGAUGUCUAGACAGCCAGUUAGCUCAUGGGGGUGUUGAUGUAAAGAUUCAGUGUUGUAGGAAUUUUUGCAGCCAGCCAAAGUAUUGCAAAAUUUUCACAGUUAAAUGACCAAGAGAGAGAGAAAAAAGAAAACAAAAAACAAAGGCGGAGUGAGUGUUCAUCUACUAUUGUGUACUCAGGAAUACAGUACAUUAAGUAAGCCAUUGCUCCAUGAAUGUGAUCUAGAUUGUUGUUCGUUGGUUGAUGUUGAUCGUGUUUUUCCAUAAGGUUUGGGGUUUUCACUUUUCACACUAGAGGCUUAUACCAAUGCACAUACAUAGUCAACAUUAUGACAAUGAUACAUACUAGCCAUUUAGAUGUAUGUAUGUAUUUUUGUAUAUAUGUAUGUAUUAUGUAUGUAAAUAUAAUAGGAUGUGAUAUCAUAAUGAUUAUCACUUCCACCAUCUCAAGGGAUUUUCUAGUCCGAUUUUUUUUCUCUCAAAUGGCCUACUUAGAAUCCCUUCGGAACUCUGGUCAAGGUGCUCAUCAGUACUAUGCGUGAAGUGUGAAAUCUGCUUGCCAGUGGUGAAAGAGAUUGAUAAAUAUGUUAUAUUUACUUACUAUUUGUGGAUAUGACAGCAAGGAUAUUAUCCUACUUGUAUUUACUAGAAUAUUUUAGAGGGUGUGUAGUGGAAAUUUUAGAGGAAUAUUUAGACUGGUUGCUAUUUAGCCUUUUCCUUAAUAUUAGAGUAAUGGGAAUUUUUCAUGCUCAAGCAUUACUAUUCCUGUUUGUAUUAAUCACCACUAACUUGAUGUAUUCUUACUAAACAAAUAGUUUUGAAUUUAAGGAAUAUACUAUUAUCAGAAUUGUAAUUGUAUGGUAAUUCUUAUGAACAAUAAAAUAUUGACAGAAA